AUGAAUGAAAGUUGUAAUAUUAUUCAUGCGGAAAGUCUUGAUGAUUUAUUCCUUGCUUCAUCAUUUUUAUUUCAUUUUCAAGUAGUGUUGCAUCUGCGACUUGAUCGAGGUUGUAGAAAUGACAUGCAGACGAUGAGAAUUACCUGUUUAUUUUGUAAUUGGACAGGUUUGUUAAAGACCUAUCAGAAUCAUCUUGAUCAAACUCACCCUAAUCCGAUAUGUGAUUAUUGUAAUGAACAACACACUUCAGUGAAUGACCUCAAUCGACAUAUAUUUUAUAAUUGCACAAAAGUUCCUAUUUAUUGUCCUUUAAAAUCCGUUGGCUGUGAUGAAAAAAUUCCUCGCGAAAAUCUUGUAAAACAUUAUUUAACUGAACAACAUCAAAUAAUAUUAAUUAAUUUUCUUAUUAAUAAAAAUUUAAAACCAUCUAUGUUUAUGAAUAAUAAUCUCGCAUUCGAAUAUCCUUCAACAAUACAAAAUACAACUGAUCAGAUAGGAGAUUUAAAUGAAACAAUUCAGAAUCUAUUAAUUGCUACUGGGAUAUUAAAUGGCGAUGGACAACGUAUUAAAAAUGAAUGUAUGAAUGAUGAAACUACAUUGGACGCAAUAAAACAAAAUUUUGGAAAUAUGAAAAAAUCUGUGGAAGAACAAAAUAUUCUUAUUGAUAGAAUAAAAACAACUUUUGAGAAUUUUCAAGAAGAUAAUUUAGCAAUGCAAUCAAAAAUUAAUAAUAACAAUUUAUCGCUGCACGACGGAACGCACCUAUGGAAAAUAACCAAUAUAAACGAAAAAAUAGACGAUGCCAAAUCUGGGAAACAAACUUAUAUUGACUCUGAACCAUUUUAUUCAUCGCCAGCGGGUUAUAAAAUGUGUCUUCGAUUAUAUUUAGAUGGAGAUGGUAGUACAAGACGAACAUAUAUUUCAUUAUUUUUUAUUCUGAUGCGUGGUGAAUAUGAUGCUAUUUUAAAAUUUCCAUUCUGUUUCAACGUUAUCUUUUGUCUUAUGGAUCAAACUGACAAAAAACAACAUAUUAUCGAUGUAUUUCGCCCAGAUGUAAUAUCCAAUAGUUUUCAACGACCUCAAACAAAUACAAAUACUCCUAGUGGAAUUCCCAAAUUUGCUCCUACAACAAUAUUUCAGCAAGAGAAUAAUCCAUAUAUUCGCGAUAAUACAAUGUUUAUUAGAGUCAUUGUUGAUUUUGGCCAUAUUCCAAAACCGCUUUUAUCUUAUGCAUUAGAUAUCAAUCCAGGAUUUACUACGCAAAUUCAACAAAAAAUGAUUCAAAAAGAAAUUGAAAAACAACAACAAUCACAAAUGUCGAAGUCUUAA